UUUUCUUCACAGAGACAGACAUGUUCAUUUACAUCGUCGCGAAUUUUUAAUCGGUAUUUAAAAAAAUGAGUUAUCCGCCGCCGAAAAAAGAUUACGAAUCGAUUCCAAACUACUAUUAUUAUCCACCACCACAAGUACCAACAACUACAGCUCCCUAUGCAGCACCACCAAUUCCUGGAGUGACUUCAGCACCAACUGAUGAUUCAGUCGCACCUCCACCAUUGCCGCCAGGUUCAGAUAAUCUUUAUAAUUAUGUGUGUAAUUUGCCACCACCUCCUCCUCCACCACCAACAGGUAAUGAAACUGCAACCCUAAAACACUCUUCUUACAAACCUAAGUCGUCAUAUGCAGCGGAAUCUGCAGGUGGAGCCCCACCACAUUUAGGCGAAAGUAAUAAAUUUGAGAAAAGUUCAUAUUCUUUCAAAUACUCGGGAGGUUAUGGCAGCUCAAGUUCAUAUAAGCCCAGUGGUAGUGCUGGCAGUGGUGAGCCUUCUUUACACGUAGAUUAUCACAGACCUUCUUCAAACUAUUCAUACCCACCUCCUCCUACCGGCACAUCUAGUAGCUAUGCUUCCACCAAUACUUCAUCAUAUGACUAUCAUCAUGCUGGUGGUUAUCCGUACGACUAUGAGAGUAAUUAUUAUCCACAAAACCAUCAUGGCUCAUCUUACAGUCAUCGUUAUCCCUCUACGCGUCCCCGUGGAGAUUACUAUUCCAGAUCUUCUUCGUCGUAUGCUUACAGCAAAUCGGAUCAAUACUAUGACACCAAAUCAAGCUCUUCUUCAUCUCAUACUGAUGCUGGCCGGUCAGAUAAGCAUUAUGUGGGAAAACGCCAUAGACAACGUGAUGAACGUCCGGCCAAAUCAGAGUCGGAACGGGACCGUUUAUUAAGAACUUGGCGUUCAAAUUACUGUGAAACGUCUGAAGAAAUUCAACGUAAAAUGGAUGAAUUGGCUGAAAUGGAUGAAGAGAGUCGUGAAGUAUGGGUGCGUUCUUCACCGUCCGAUCCCUAUUACAAACGUACGAACAAUGUACAUGAAGUGGAGGCCACCACGCGUUUGGAUAUGUUGUGUCAACUGUUUGAGGAGAAAUUAAUUAAUAGAGCUGAUGCUGUAAGAGCUUCGUUGCCACCCUACAAACCACCACCAAGACAAACAAGACGACGUGUGUGCAAACAUAAAUCUGAAGGUUGUACUUCCUCAGACAGCGACUCAUCUGACAAUGAGGAAUUUAAACUAGAACAAGACAACUGUAUGGAGGAAUUAUCACGCAAACUACAACAUCCUUACCGAGUACAUGCCGACUUGUGGCACAAUGAGAACGGCGAAAUGAACGAUGGUCCACUAUGUCGUUGUUCGGUCAAGUCGCGACGUGUUGGUAUACGUCACGGCAUUUAUCCUGGUGAAGAUGGCUAUCCUAAAUGCGAUCCAAAUUCUAAUAAUGCUCAUAAAUUACAUCAUUAUCGCAUUACCAUUUCACCACCUACUAAUUUUCUAACUAAAACUCCCACUAUUAUUAAACACGAUGAGCAUGAAUUUCUUUUUGAGGGUUUCUCAUUGCUGUCACAUUUUCCCCUAAUGGAUUUGCCUACAUGCAAAGUAAUUCGUUUUAAUAUCGAGUAUACUAUUCUGUAUGUACCCGAGAAGAUGCCAGAAAAUUUUACUGUACGAGAACUGGAUUUGUUUUCUAAAUAUCUCUUUCACGAGCUAUUGGAACUGGUCGACUUUUCUUUAUUGCCAAAUAUUGAUGGCACCAUCGCCGAAAAUAGUUGUCCUGCAUUUCAUUUCCUGCCACGCUUUGUACGCGAUUUACCCGAUAACGGCAAAGAGGUACUGGCCAUGUGUGAAGUUCUUAAAUAUCUACUAGACAACGCUGGGCCUUUAGUGGAUACUCAGAGAUUACACAAUUUAAGUCAUAUACCGCAAACAGAAUGGCAAGAUUAUGUGGAUAAUUUCAAGGGUAUGUUGGCUACCAAGCCAGGCUAUAAACCCUCCUCUGUAAGAGUGGAUCAAUUGGAUCGUAAUGUUAGCGAUUUGCCUGAAUGCUAUGAUGCUGAAAGUGAUCUUUGCUAUCCGGCUAUAGUGCAUUUUGGCAUACGGCCUCCCCAACUAAGUUAUGCAGGCAAUCCAGAAUAUCAAAAAGCCUGGAGGGAAUAUGUUAAAUUUCGCCAUUUAAUGGCCAACAUGUCGAAGCCCUCUUUUAAGGAUAAACGUAAAUUAGAGGAGAAAGAAGCACGUCUACAGGAAAUGCGCACACAGGGUAGAAUGAAACGUAAUGUCACAGUGGCCGUGAGCUCAAAGGGUUAUCAUCGUACUGGUGUUAUGUGCGAUAUAGUGCAGCAUGCCAUGUUAGUGCCCGUUUUAACCGGACAUUUAAGAUUCCACAAAUCGUUAGAUUUAUUGGAAAAUAAUAUUGGUUACAAAUUCAAAAACCGCUAUUUACUCCAAUUGGCUUUAACACAUCCUUCUUAUAAGGAAAACUAUGGCACCAAUCCUGAUCAUGCCCGUAAUUCUCUAACAAAUUGUGGCAUACGUCAGCCGGAGUACGGGGAUCGUAAAAUCCAUUACAUGAAUACUCGCAAGAGAGGCAUAAAUACUUUAAUCAACAUUAUGUCACGUUUCGGCAAAGAAUAUGAAACCAUGUCAAAUAUUACACACAAUGAACGUUUGGAAUUUUUAGGUGAUGCUGUUGUGGAAUUUCUAAGUUCUAUACAUUUGUUUUUUAUGUUUCCAGAAUUGGAAGAAGGUGGUUUGGCCACCUAUCGAGCAGCCAUAGUGCAAAAUCAACAUUUAGCUUUGCUGGCUAAGAAAUUACAUUUGGAAGAAUACAUGCUAUAUGCUCAUGGUUCGGAUUUGUGUCACGAACUCGAAUUGCGUCAUGCCAUGGCCAAUUGUUUUGAAGCUUUAAUGGGUGCUUUGCUAUUGGAUGGUGGCAUCUCGGUGGCAGAUGAAGUAUUCAUGAAUGCUUUGUUUAUGGAAAAUGAUCAAUUACGUGAAAUUUGGAAAAAUCUACCAGAACAUCCUUUACAAGAACAGGAGCCUUUGGGUGAUAGAGACUGUAUAAGUUCAUAUCCUAUGCUGCAGGAGUUAACCAAGUUUGAGGACUCUAUAGGCAUACAAUUCAAGCACAUACGUCUAUUGGCCAGAGCCUUUACCGAUCGUUCUAUAGGUUUUACUCACCUUACCUUGGGCUCCAAUCAACGUUUAGAGUUUCUGGGCGAUACAGUUUUACAAUUAAUUUGUUCGGAAUAUUUAUAUCGUCAUUUUCCCGAGCAUCAUGAAGGUCAUUUGUCUUUGCUGCGUUCCUCUUUGGUUAACAAUCGUACCCAGGCCGUGGUAUGUGAUGACUUGGGCAUGACCAAAUAUGCUGUUUACUCCAAUCCCAAAGCCGAGUUAAAAACUAAAGAUAGAGCCGAUUUAUUGGAAGCUUUCUUAGGCUCCUUAUAUGUCGACAAGGGUUUACUCUAUUGCGAACAAUUCUGUCAUGUUUGUCUCUUUCCUCGUUUACAAUUGUUUAUUAUGAAUCAAGAUUGGAAUGAUCCCAAAUCUAAGCUGCAACAAUGUUGUCUCACGCUACGCACCAUGGACGGUGGAGAGCCUGACAUACCACUCUAUAAAGUUAUAGAGUCGUCAGGACCAACCAAUACUCGUGUUUAUACGGUUGCUGUUUAUUUUAGAAACAAACGUUUAGCCACUGCUACAGGCUCUUCAAUACAACAGGCCGAAAUGAAUGCUGCCAAACAGGCAUUGGAAAAUUCUCGUGAUCUAUUUCCUCAAUUGGAUCAUCAGAAACGUGUUAUAGCGAAGAGCAUUAAGAAGCAGACGGGACGUGAAUUGAACACUGAAGACAACUCUCAAAGAGAUGAAAAAAAACCAAAGCUAUCAGCAGCCAUGGAAGAUGAAUCACAUUUGCCUAAACAAUAUCGUGAACGAGAAGAUAUAUCAAGUGAUGAAUUACCCGAAGAUGACGGAGAUGAUGAGGACGACGAUGAUAAAACAAAUGAUAUUGUGAGAAAUGUUGAUAAAAGAGAUAAACGGAAAUUAAGAACUUAUUCUAGUGAUAAAUAUUCUGACGCAGAAAGUUUGACAUCAGUUGGUAGUAUUGAUACACCGAAAAAGAAAUCACCAAGACGUUCCUCAGAUCGUAUAUCUCCGAAACGUGUUCGUUUACAUCAUUCCUCUUCAGAGUCCAUAAGCAAAUCUAUAACAAUUAUACCACCAAUUCCCUGUGAAGAUGUAAGCAGUGACGAUGAAGAUUUCCAAAAACCAAAUGAACCUUCAAAACAAACAGCCACAACUGAUGAUAAAACCAGUAAACAGAAUUUAAUUUUAAGUGAUUUAAAAGACUUGGUAGAAGAUAUAUCAUCUUCGUCGGAUUUGGAGCCCGGUGAAAUAUCCAACUGAAUUAGUUUUUAAAUGUGACCGUUAUAUAUAAACAUUUUAUUUCAAAAAUUGAAUUAAUAAAACUCUAAAA